GCUUUUGCUGGUUCAAAUACUCUCAGCAAGUGCAGACACGGACAAUAGAAAAGAGCGUUGCACAGCCUCAGAGCAGCUAGAAGAUUUACCUGUUUUUUAUACGGUUAAGGUCCACCCGACGCGAGAAAGACGUGAAAUAGUUUGGACACAUCUGUUUCUUUGAAUCUUCUCAGUCAUUACUGGCAGUGAAAAAACUGUAUUUGGACGCUGAGUAGCACCACUUCAGAGGUCAUCAUGCCUCCAACAACACCAUAUGCAGGAAAGUUCAGCUCUUGCGUUCCUUACAGCAACAGCACCAACCACCCACAGCCUGUAAGUCCAUACCGCAGCAGCACUGUCCCGAAACCUGCAAGGGAGAACAUCUACAAUGGUGCCUACUCGGUUGGAGAGAACCCCUACGACAUACCUCAGACUCACAGUGUGGCGUAUCGAAGCGCCUCCGUCUCCUCGGUGAAUGCGAAGGAGCAUCAUUACAACAGCUGUGCUCUUUCUGAGAACCCGUACUCCUCGCCGCAGCCUCACAGCCCUCGCCAGCACAGCACUUCCUGUCCAGGCCGUGCGCACCGCCACACGAGCGGCAGCAGCGGCAGUGAGCAGUCAUGUCGUAGCAAUAGCGUAGCGGCGGCGAAAGCUCGAAUUUACGGACACGGCGUCACCACCAGCUAUGGGGAGAUGUGUUACCAUGACAAUAGCUUGGUGUCAGCAUCUCUUGAGGCUCUGAUUCAGCACCUGGUUCCCACAGUGGACUACUACCCCGAUAGGUCAUAUGUGUUCACUUUCCUGCUGAGUUCACGCCUCUUCCUGCCCCCCUACGAGCUCAUGACGAGGGUUUGUCACCUGUGUGUGGAGCAGCAGCGGUCCGGAGAUGCCCUGCUGGAUAAGAUCCGUUUCCGUGAGGUGGCCCCUAAGCUGGUACAGCUGCUGACUGAGUGGACUGAGACGUUUCCAUACGACUUCAGGGAUGAGAGGAUGAUGCGCUGCCUCAAGGACAUGACACACCAUGUGGCCAGAGGGGAUGAGUAUUCUUGGCGAGCUAUGCAGCAGAUGACCCAGCGUCUGAUCAAACGCCUCUCUGCGCUCGGCCAGUACGAGGAGGCAGUGGCUGCGCUCAAUGCCGUGGCAAUGGAGCGUCCCGCUUCCUUGAAAAGCAAGCAGGCUUCGGCGCAGCGCAGCGACGUACUGAGCGUGUGCGACGAUCCCUUCGUCCUCGCCCAGCAGCUUACACACAUUGAACUGGACCGACUGAGUUUUAUUGGUCCUGAGGAGUUUAUCCAGACAUUCGCCAUGAAGGAUCCUCUGGAGAACCAUAAGGGUUUCUUUCGGAAACGUAAAACCAACCUAGAGGCUUACGUCAGCUGGUUCAACAGACUGAGUUAUCUAGUGGCCACUGAGAUCUGUAUGCCAAUGAAGAAGAAACACAGAGCGCGGAUCAUAGAGUUCUUCAUCGAUGUUGCUCAGGAGUGUUUCAACAUUGGCAACUUCAACUCUCUCAUGGCCAUCAUCACUGGGAUGAACAUGAGUCCUGUCGCCAGACUGAAGAAAACCUGGAAUAAAGUCAACACAGACAAGUUUGAUAUCCUGGAGCACCAGAUGGACCCAUCCAGUAACUUCAGUAACUACCGCACUGCACUCCGUGGUGCUACCCAGAGGUCUGAGACCGCACACAGCAGCCAGGAGAAGAUUGUGAUUCCUUUCUUCAGUCUCCUCAUUAAAGACAUCUACUUCCUGAAUGAAGGCUGUGCCAGCAGACUGUCCAAUGGACACAUCAACUUUGAGAAACUGUGGGAGCUCGCAAAACAGGUGAGCGAGUUCCUGGUGUGGCGUCAGGUCAUCUGUCCGUUCGACAGAGACCGGCGGAUCCUUCAGUACCUUGUCACUACACCUAUUUUUACCGAAGACGAGCUGCAUCUGGCUUCAUAUGAGAGUGAAGGACCAGAGAACAACUUGGAGAAAGACAGUCGCAGGUCUCUUCGAUCUUCACUUCUCCAUCGAGAGAAUCGGACCUAAAGCCAAGACAAUCUCUGCUUUAAAGACUGUAAAUCAGUCAGGUGACUGUAUUAUCAUACAGACACAGAAGAUUCUCACGGCCACAGUUUAAAUCUUGGACUUAAUACGAGCUGGGUCCACAUCCCACCUAUAUUCUUUUUACGUGGGCUUUGAGGUCACAAGGAGCAUAAAUGAUAACUCCAUAAAAUUCAUCCAGUGCCAAAGACGCCCAUUUUAUGUUAUUAUUGUAACCCUCUGUCCCUACAAAUCUUCAUGCAUUUAAAUAAUUUAUGAAACUAAUGAGUCUCAAGAGGAGCCUGGAUUAGCUGUGCUGCUUGUACAACAUCAACUCUGUCCAAGGCGCUCACAGAAUAUCAGAAGAAUCCAGAAUUGGCCAGAAGUCUCUGGACUGGGUGUAUAUCCCCAGCGGAUCCCACAUUAGCCUCAUAUUGCAGAACGAUUCAUAUGUUGAAGGGGAGGUUCUGUCUCUGAACGAAACCAUUAUGGGCAUAAAUGAGUUUCAGAGCUACAUUAGCGCUGCUUCCCUGCAGAUUUCCUUGCUGAGAACCACACAGAGAGAUGAA